AUGGCCAAAAUCCCCACCACCCAAGUCUUCCAAAAGGGCUCCGUCUGGAUGUACUCACCUUCCCUGCCACCCGCCAUCCUCUUUCUGAUCCUCUAUUUCUUCGCCUGUCUCUACAUCACCUACCUCACCUUUUACCGGUACAAGACCUGGUACAUGACCGUCUUCCCUCUUGGUGCUUUGCUGGAAGUGGCAGGCUACGCGGUGAGGAUAUACUCGGUCAAGAACCAGGGGAACAUUGUACGCCCCCCUCCUAGAGACCCCCUUCCUACCCCCGAACACAGCCCAACCCUCCCUCUCAACCCCACUCAUCCCUUCUUCUUGUCUCUAAUUUCUAACCCAAAAAAGGCCGCCUUCAUAGCAACCCUCACCCUCCACGUCCUCGCCCCCCUCCUCUUUGCCGCAGGGAACUACCUCCUCCUCGGCCGGCUGAUCUCUCACUCCCUCCCCACCCGGCACACCCUCCUCAAGAUCCCCACCCGCUUCAUAACCCGCCUCUUCGUCGGGUUCGACAUCCUCGCCGCUGCGAUCCAGGGGUCUGGGACCUCCAUCGCCGCGUCGGCGAACUGGACUGGACUGAAGGCACUAUCGGGAGUUGACGUGCUUGUUGCUGGGCUGGCGGUGCAGGUUGCGGGAGUGGGGGUUUUUCUUUUGGUUCUGGGGAGGUUUACUUUUCUGGUGAAACAGCUGGGGAGCAAGGGGGGAGGUUGGGGGGGGUUGCUGGUGGCGGUUUGGGUGUCGAGUGGGUUGAUUUUCGUGAGUACUUCAAUUGACUGGAGACGGUUGGUUGGGGAAAGGGAGGGAGGGUGCUAA